AUGAGCAGAAGAAUUUCAUCAUCAAAAUUUUUCUCCAGAGAAAUCGACUCGGAUACUUCGUCCUCCUGCUCAUCCUCAUCCUCUUCGUCAGGAGAGGAUGAAAUGGAGAUGAUGAGCGAUUUCAGCCAUUCGGAAACCAUUACCAACCUCUGCGCCAAAGUUGAAUCGCUUCUUAAGGUUGUUCCGAUUGCCAAUAUCCGCUGGCCAAUAGUUAAAAAAGGGGUUGAAGAUAUGCAGAAGGCUGUCAAUUCUGCGUCUUCUAGCAAGCCUCUUGAAAAGAGCCUGAUUGACCGGGUGGCAAGCCUUUUCAUCUCGCUUGAAGACGCCCUGCAAGCCUCAAAGGCCAUCGGGGGCGGUACAGGCUCUGUGGGAGUAGCCGCAAAGCAGGCCUCGCUGCUCUUAUCUAGACUGCCGCUACUUAAGCCCUCAGUAAUUUCAUCCUCGCUUUUGGCUUCUAUUCGCUCUUCUUCCAACUCCACACCCAAUCCCACUUCUGAUGAUCGAAAUAUGGGUGAGUUUUCCGAGGGCGAUGGCAAUGAUUCUGAAUAUUCAUCCGAUUCGUCCUAUUCUUCAUACUCCUCCUCCUCUGAAGAUGAGCAAUCGUUUUCCGGCUCCUUUUCCCGAAACACAGCCAGUGCUGCGGACAAGUGGAAGAAAAAAGACUUGACGCCUUCAGCCAGUGCUUCACAAACAUUGGCUUCUUCCAUUAAAAAGCAACCUCAGCGCCCACAGAAUAUACCAAAACCCGAUGGGACACACGCACAAGCGGAAACAGAGCAUCACCAAAUGUCGUGCGAAGAGCUGACACCGAGAGAAGCGCUGACGCCUAGCGAAGGUCUACAGAGGUACACACAGAUUUUAGCGACUCGGGGACGCAAAUCUGCAGACAAGGCAAUUCAAAUCAAAGAGCUGGAGGCCAUCUCUUCCAUCGUCGAUCUCUCUGUGAUUGAUAAAAUUCAAAUCAAACUGACUCUCCUUUCCUUUUAUUUUGAACGCACCGCAUCUGUCUCCGCCGCCGCGUGGAUGAACAUGCUCGUUGCUGCGCUUUCUGAGCUGAUUGAGCUUGGUCUUGGGUCAAAAGCCUCUCUUUCCUCAACCUCAGAGCUGAAGGAUAUUUCUCUUUCCGCUUCUAGCUCGUCGCUUUUUGCGUCAUUGCUUGCCUCUGUGCAGCGCCUGGACGAUGAAUAUAACAACUUACUGCUUACUUUCCCAGCCCCCAGUUCACAAGGCUCAUCGGCGAUGGCGGCAGCCACCAUGGAGAGCUCAAACCAUCCCCUUGAAUAUGCAGAACUGCUCCGUCUAGAAAGACCGCUUUAUUUGCUUCUUGCAAAAAUGCAAUCUCUGUGUGCGUACUUUUUUGAUACCAAAGAGGAAGCCCGCGAGGCAAUCCAUGACUUGACGCUUCGUCGUUUGGGCCACCUCUAUCUCAAGUCGGAUCGGGGAAUCAAAAGAAUGGACACCCUUGAAAGCGGUGACAUUACUUUAAGUGCUGCUUCUGAGUCCAUGGCUUACAGGCUGCUGGAGAUGUCUGGAGAGCCUGCUGUUGGCAUAUGCUCGACAUCUGGAAUGUCUCCCGUGCCCGCACCUCUUCGUUUGGCCGCUUUUCUUUUACUGUUGCAAGAGGAUGUUGCCGAAGUCAAAAGAGCCCGUACGCUUUUAUAUCUUGUCUCUUGGAUUGUCGGCGACGGAUGUCCAAUAUCCGUUUGCUCGCCUUUUCUUCUGGCAAAAGGUUUGCUAGUCGGGUCGUCUUUAAGCGAAUCCAUUAUUUGGGCCGAUUUGCAUACCCAAGUUCUUUAUAAUAGGACGCUUGCCCUGUUGGGACUGGCUGCCUUCAAAGAGGGCCGCCUCAAGGCCAGUAUGGGCCUUCUGGGCGAGCUUAUUGCGUCUGGUCGCUGUCGCGAGCUCAUGGGGCAAGCGCAAGGCGGAUUUUCGGCAUUCGAGGAUCCAAUUACUGCCAGCUCCAGAGCCACUACUAUGAUGCCAUGGCAUACUUGGAUCCCCACCGAACCUCUUGAAAUGGUAUACCUUCUAUCUUCGGUUUUGGUUGAGAUCCCGAAUGCCAUCCUUAGGGGAUGUGUUGGCGGAUUCCAACAACAAACUUCAUUUCCAAAGCCGCUCCGACGUCUUCUUUCUGAACGGACCAUGGCCAUCCAAGGAGCACCAGAUCCGGGCUCCGGAGCCUCCUCCCGCGACCUGAUUGCUGGAAUCGCUCGACUUAUCCUGGCAGGGGAUUGGAAACAUGCAAAUGCCCUUAUUGCCCACCUGCGCCUUCCUGUGGUUUCGGUCGGAAUUCUUUCAAAUAUCAAAAGAGCAUCUCUUAUCGCUUUUUUUGGUAAAAACGCAUCCUCGUGGACGUCUUUGGAUGUUUCGUCGUUUUCCGAAUUUUUCGAGAUGGAGGUGGAUGAGGUUUUGGGCUUGAUCAAAGGAUGGAUAUUUGAAUCCACUUCAAAUGGCGUGUCAUCUAUUGUGGAGACACCUUAUUUGGAUGCCGAUCAGAAAUGGGUUUAUGCACAUAAGCAGUUCGCAACAGCCGACAAAAGUACUGAUUCUGCGAAAACAGAUAAAUUUGCCAUGUGGACUUCAGGGCUGCAGUUGGCCUCCACUGUGUCUAUACUCUCAGAAAAGCUAUCUUCUCUCCUACAGGAGAACGAAAAAUUCUUCCACAAACGGGGAUCCUCCUCUGCAGACAGUAAUAGUUCCUUUUCUCAGAAGCACUCGGCAACUUUGAAAUCAAAGCCUGCAUUUUAA